CCGCUGGCGGGACGAUUCAAUUUCAAACCCUGAGUUGGCGGCUUUGUGAAUUGUGCAUUAUUAACAAGGAACAUCGCGGGAAUAGAAAUGGACUGUUUGAACGUUUCGCAGAUUUUACCAAAUUCUCCGAGAAAAACUAGGGGUCAAAUCCAGGUGAUUUUCGGGCCAAUGUUUUCAGGAAAGAGCACGGAGUUGAUGCGUAGGGUGCGCCGCUUCCAGAUUGCACAGUACCAGUGUCUUGUGAUCAAAUACGCCAAAGAUACCCGGUAUUCCGACAAUGACAUGGCAACCCACGACAAGUACACGAUGGCAGCGGUGUCUGCGAGCCGCCUGAGCGACGUGUUAGCGUUGGCGCUGGACGCCGCGGUGAUCGGAAUCGACGAAGGGCAGUUCUUCCCAGACACGGUGGACUUCUGCGAGGACAUGGCGAACCGCGGGAAGACCGUCAUCGUGGCUGCGCUGGACGGAACUUUCCAGAGAAAGCCCUUCGGGGACAUCUUGGGCCUGGUGCCAUUGGCUGAGAGCGUGGUGAAGCUCAACGCCGUCUGCAUGCAUUGCUACAAGGAGGCCGCCUACACCAAGAGACUGGGGUCUGAGACCGAGGUGGAGGUGAUCGGCGGGGCGGAUAAGUACCACGCGGCCUGCCGGUCCUGCUACGGCGGCCUCGUGGCCGACAAGGAGAACAGCGCCCCCAAGAGGGAGGAGACGCCCCCGCACACGUUGCCUGGGAAACAGCUGGACUCCAGCACUCCCCGAAAGCUGUUUGCCGCCCUGCACAUCUGAGCACGCUCAGAAAAGGCACGUGUGGUGCAGACCUGGGCCUCGAAUGCAUUUGACGGACUUCAUGUCAUUAGAUCAGAGGUGGUCAGUUCUGGGCCUGCAGAGUUGGGGUGUACGGUGGGUUUUUUCCCCACCAGUUACCCUCGUCCAAUUCGCUGAUUAGCUGUGUACAUUAACACUGGUUAAUAGUAAAUUAUGGGCAUGAAAACUUUGUAAAAUUUGAGGCAGUGUACAGGGGAGUAUGCAGACAGCUGUGUAAAUUAGAUUUUAAAACCUUUUAAAGAAAUUUGUGUUUUAAAAACAUGAUUUAUAUUUCCACUGAAUGGGGACCAUGCAGUUUCCCUUCUCACCACUAGACGGCAGUAUGUUCAAAACAUGGUUUUGAUCUCUCUGGACUCCUUGGGUCAACAGCAGUGUGCUUAGCUGGAGUUUUAAAACCUCAGGUUCAAAACCCCUAAAUCACAGAUUUGCAUUUAACUGAAUCAGUUAUCCAAAUCUGUGAAAUAAGGACUAGCCGUUCCACUUGUACAGUAGUUCUGCUCGCAGAACCAAUUGCAGUAAGGCGUUUCAUAUGGGGACAGAGGAACAGUCUUCCGUCAUCGUUCACGCAUCCGUCAGGAAAUGCAGCUAAAAUGUCAGAUGGCGUAAAUGUUGGGGCCAAGCAAUUAAGGCCAGAAGUUUGUAUGUAAACCAGAAAUGGAUGCGGUGCUCCUGGCACACUCCUGGCUUACAGGUUUAUACUCCAGAUAAGCCUGCUGCAACUGGCCCACUGCUGCAACUGGCCCAGUUUUAACACUUAUUCACUUCACAGCUGAACUAUUAACAAUAUAGUCGAGUGACCCAUGUUAACCUUGUAUAGUUAAGUGUUAAUUAAAACUUAUUUAAACUUG